AUGAAUCUUAUACGAUGCGUUUUCCUAAAAGCCAUACUCACAUGGUGUGCAGCGGGGAAGCUGAACCGCAACCUUUUUUCCAACUUGGUGAACAUAGACAUGGAAUUUCUGGAUGCUCAUAAAAAUGAGUUAAUUGCAAAAUACGUGCGUGACGAUGACUACAUGGUGUAUGAGCAGAUUACGAAGGAUAUGCAUUUAAGAAGGAACUACGUUGAAGUGAUCAUCCGGGGUGACUUGAAGAACAAGGGCGAUAAGAGCGUCGACAGCUUUGUCUUCUUGCUUCCCUACCACGAGGCAUUUCAGGCCAGCACCCUCCGGGUGAGAGACCAGAACCAGAGCGAGCUGCGGUACCAAGUGCUGCAGGAGCCGAGGCGUGACGCCAGCGAAAUUGAAGUGGACCCCUUCAAUGAAGACUAUGAUUUGGAGCAAUUCCAAAUGAAGGCAUACAGGGUGACUCUAAAAAGGAGAUUGCACAAGGAUGAAAAAGUCUCACUCCAUUUUGGCUACACCCUUGGACAGCCCUAUUUUCCAUUCCCUGGUGACAUAUCCCCAGAGGAAGGACAGAAAGUUAUGUUUUAUCUUUCCUCCAAAAUUCUCUUGCCCUACGAUGUAGAAGAGAAGGAAGAGUUAAAAAUAUUUUUAUGCAAAAAUUGUGCCAUCGUGCGGAUAGAGGAUGGCGAUUUUUUGCGGAGCUUCGUUAAAGUCAAUGAUGACACGUAUGUUUGUGAGAAGGGGGGAGGAAGAACUGUGGGGGAGCUUACCCAGGGGGGGGAGGACAUCCGAAACAAUCUAAAUGAGUUCGUUGCAAAGGGGAAUGAAAUGGGCCGGUUCACGCUCGGACACAAAGCCCUGUUCUACUUCCGCGCUAAUAACCACCUAGGCUACUUCGAGCGAGUCACCAAAGACAUAAAAGUAUCUCAACUAGGUUUUGUGUACGAACAGGAAGAAUACAUCCUGCGCAACGACGCAGCAAGGAUACACACAUUUGAUCGGUACACUCUUAGUGAUUACGAAACCAAAGGGACAGCGACAGGGACAACCAACGGGACAGCCAACGGGACAGACGAUCAGUCCAGCACAAUUAUUUACUCCAUGAAAUCGAAAAUAAAUUACGACAUAUAUGAAUAUGAAUACUUCGACGAUUUGGGAAAAAUACAUCUCAUCCAAGCGGAAGAAAUAUUUGAUCCUAAAAAGAGAAACAGCCAUAUUCAGUUUGACUUAAGGCCCAGGUACCCCCUUCUCGGUGGAUGGAGAGCUCACUUUUUUAAUUCCUUUUAUCAUCAAUCGAAUCUGUACAGAAUUAAAAACAAGGAGAAUUAUUAUGCAUACAAAAUUGAUAUUGCCCCAUCCAUCAAGUCCUUUUUUAUAAAGCAGCUGAUAGUCAGGAUUUCGCUGCCCCCCUUCUCCGACAACGUUGCAGUUGUUUCGAGGGACGACCGUGUUAAUGUCCUGACCAGCAAGCAGAAGGAGUGGCUCGAUUUGUUUUCCUUCCGAAAUGUCGUCGAAAUUCAAAUCGAGAAAUUCUUCCCCCCAAUGGACGAGAACUACUACCAGGACCUUCUCGUUAUGUACAAGUUUAGGUUUUUCAACCAUUUUUGGAAGGCCCUACUGGUCAUACUCAUCACGUUUGCCGCGAUCCUCCUGCUCUGCCUGUUGCGCGAGCUCCCCUUCGACUUCAACAGGGCGAAGGAGAACGCGGACAAGAGGGAGAGCGAAGAACACGCCGCCUUCCUCGAGAAGUGCAAAGAGCUGUACGAGAAUUUGUCCUACAUAUCAGACCGACUGAUCCAAUCGAUGAGCAAUCUGACCCCAGAGGAGAAGAUCAGACGGAAGAUGGAACUCUUGGAAGCAGAAGACAAAUGGACAUACGAUUUUAUUUACUUCACGAAAGAAUUCUACAGAAAUUUCGAGAACUCCUCCAACAAGCAGUCGCUGCAGAAUUACAUGGACAAGUGUUUCAAUUAUCACGCGAUUGUGAAAAAGUACUUCGAGGCGCAGCUUCUGAACGAUUUGAACUUGAAUUUGAAGGAAGUCGCGCAGGCGGAGAAGGAACUCUUACUUCUGCUAAACGCCCUUAAAAGUGGAGGAGGGAAAAACAACUUAAGUAACGCCCCCCCCUUGGAGGACACCAGCAAGAAGCGCCUUCUCCUCAGCGAAAUAAAAUUGAAUAACCGAUUUAAAAAUGACAUAAAGGGGUUCAUACGAAACGUGAGAUCCUUUCACGACACCAUAGAAAACAGGACUCCAAACUCCUUGCUGUACGUGCAGGAGGAUUUACUCAAUUUUCACAACAGCCAAUUUAUUGGGGAGAUAGAGAUUGGCACUCCUCCGCAGACUUUUAAGGUCGUGUUCGACACCGGGUCCAGCAACUUCGCCCUGCCCUCGACGAAAUGUGUCAAAGGAGGCUGUGCGUCCCACAAGAAAUUCAACCCCGAUCAGUCCAGGACGUACACGCGGCAGUUAAAAGACAAUAAGGAGUCUAUUUACACGUACAUCCAGUACGGGACAGGAAAGAGCAUCCUUGAGCACGGAUAUGACGACGUCAAUUUAAAGGGACUACGGAUCAAACAUCAGAGUGUCGGGCUAGCCAUAGAAGAGUCUUUACACCCCUUUUCGGAUUUGCCCUUCGAUGGGAUUGUUGGCCUGGGAUUUUCAGAUCCGGACUUCAGCUUUAAAAAAGGAUACGGGAUGUCUUUAAUAGAGACGAUAAAAAAGCAGAACCUGCUGAAAAGGAACAUUUUCUCUUUUUACGUGCCAAAGAAGUUGCAAGAGCCCGGCUCCAUUACAUUCGGACGAGCCAACAGUAAAUACGCCCUCGAAGGGAGGCAAAUUCAAUGGUUUCCCGUCAUAUCGAUUUAUUUCUGGGAAAUUAACCUGAUAGACGUACAACUCUCAGACAAGAAUUUAAAGAUGUGCGAAAAUAGGAAAUGUAGAGCGGCCAUUGACACUGGGUCCAGUUUGCUAACCGGCCCAUCCAGCCUGAUGCAACCGCUGAUAGAAAAAUUGUACUUGGAGAAGGAUUGCUCAAAUAAGAGCAGCUUGCCAAAUAUUUCUUUUAUUUUAAAAAAUGUCGAGGGGAAGGAGGUGAAGUUCGAUUUUACGCCGGACGAUUACGUCCUGGAGGAAAUGGACGAGGAGGAUAAUUCUGUUCAGUGCGUGAUCGGAAUAAUGUCGCUGGACGUCCCCCCGCCUCGUGGGCCCAUCUUUAUCUUCGGCAACGUUUUCAUAAGAAAGUACUACUCCAUAUUUGACAAUGACCAUAAGCUCGUGGGACUCAUUGAAGCUCGGCACGAUUGGUAA